AUGUCUCUUCUCCUCCUCCUCUCCUCCCCUGCUGCUCUCUCGCCGUCUUCUUUCUUCCUCUUCUCAACAUUCUGCAGCCCCAGGCUAGACCUCUUCCCUCGCAACAGCGCGUGGGGGAAGGCAGGAGUAUUGGAGGAUCUCGUGCUCAACAAUAUGGAGUUUCUCUCUGUAGCGGGAAAACACGUGGUGUGUAGGCAGGGAGAUAAUUCAGAAGCUCUCUUUUUUAUCCGGCGGGGGAAGUGUGAAGUUUUUCGCACUCCUGAUCUUUCGUCUUCCGGCAAGUACUACGGGCUUCUGCGCGAGAUACACGCAGCGGUCAGGAAAGUGGAUGAAGAUACGAUGGAGCAGCAGCAGUCGAACGGGAAGAACAAAUUCUUGAGCAGAGGAAGCGAAACAACCGAGAACUUCUUGGUUGGUCAGCUUGAUCUGGGGGAUUGGUUCGGAGGAGAAACAGUCCUGAAAGAUGGUCACGUUCCUUAUUUCUACACGAUUGUCACCACAGAACCUUCUCAGCUCCUCCUCCUCAAACGCAGCUCUCUCUUCCACUUGCAAGGCAGAUCUCUUCAGAUCCUCCGCGACUCGCUCGCUGGUUGGGUUCGCUCGCUCCCCAAAGGGUUUGUCAAGGACAACAAGUACACACAGUACAAGGAGAAGGUGCUGGCGGAGGUUUUGAGCUCAAGGAAGGCAAUGGCGCUGAGGAAGAAAUCAGAGAAAUCCUUGAACUUGUGA